CAAGAUGGCUCCGCGGGCCCGGCCGCCCGUCACCUGGCGGCACAAAGCCCGCGCGGGCCGGGCCCGCCGCCCCACGUGCGCCGCGCGGCCUGGGGGCGCCGCGGCCGCGGUGACAGAUGCGCGCCCGCGCACAAAGGCCCCGGGGCGGCCCCGCGGCCGCCGAGCCCCGGCCUCACCUUGACCGGGCCGGCGCGGAGCCCCGUUUGACAGCCGGGCGCGCGGCGGGAGCGGGCCGGGCCGCGGAGCAGCGCGGAGCCGAGGGCCGCGUUCCGCGCGAGACAGGCCCCGGCGCCUGCGCUCCGCUCCGCACGCGCGCUCGCACCGCCGCCGGGCGCGGUGUCUGCGCGGGGCGGCACGCGGAGGUGCGGGGCUGCCCCGCGCCCCGGGCAGCGCGGGCGAGCACCGCGUGGCGGUCCCGGGAGGCGACAGGCGCGGGUCAGCGCACCGCACCGCGCACCGCACCGCGCACCGCACCGCGCACCGCUCCGCGCACCGCACCGCUCCGCGCGUCCCCCCGACCGGGGCUGCCGCGUCCUCCGGGCCCGCGGCUCCCGCGCCAGGAGCCGCUUUGCAGUGAGGUUUCCUAUAAAGCUGCUCUUGGCUUUCUCAGCAGAUAAAUAAUUUCUGUUUUUAUCUGAACGCAGUCAGUCUUCGCUCUGUUUGAAACUCUUGAAGUGCUUAUCUAAUUCCUUUGUAGUCGCUUGUAAUUGUUUGCUUUAUUUUUUUUCCCCUUUGGCUAAGUAAAGAAAAAUUACUUAAAUGGUGUUUUAAUAAGUUUAACUGUUAAGCGAUUGCCAAUAGCGAUCCUUAUUUCUCAUUAACAGCUGUGGAGUUUGCUUGAGUUCUGUAUGUGUACUCAUACAUACAAAUGUAUAUAUAACAUUUUUAAAAAGAUUACUGGUUGUGACUAAGCUCUAAAAACAACUCUGCAAGCACAAGUACAUUACUAUCAAAAUAAUUGUUUUUUCUUUUAAAGUAAAGAAUACCACUUUUGAGCGCUUGUUAUUUCCAAACAGUUUAAACGGAGAGGGUUUCUUAUAAAAGUUCUCUUGCGGGCAGAAGAGUUGUGUGGACAAGCUGCUGAUAUAAGGGGUUUGUUUUAUUCUUCUAGAGAAAAGAAUGAUGGACCAAUUAAUUUCUCUUUCUGACAUUUUUUGACAAAGGUGUUGCUAGUAGGGGCUGAAACAGACAUUGAUGUUUUCUAACCUCUUGGUGCAUUAUCGAAUAAUAUGGGUAAGACUUAGGGCUGUGUUUUUGGGGAUAACAGACUCUGAAGUCCUUCUUGUGUUAGUGUUAAGAAUAAGAACAGAGGCCAUUUACUGAGGUCGUACUUCCCUUGAGAUUCUAAGUGAAAGUGGAGAAAAAAAUGUACUGUUUUGCUAAGGCUCAGGUUUGCAUAAUUUGAAACAAGUGUAUUAAAUUGAUGUUUGUAGGCCUCACCAUGUGUAACGUCACCUGUCUGCUUCCCCCUCACCCCCGAGCAAACAGCCCCCUCAGUAGCAAGGGCCACCGUGAAUGCCAGGUUAUGUGGCAAGUCUUUUACAGUCAUUUAUCACUCAAAACCUGUGUUGCUUGUUCUUCUGUACACGUACUAGAUCGCAUACCUCAGGAACAGGCUACUUGCUUAGCGUGAGCCGCCGUGUGUGCUGUUUCUCGGAGGAGAGCGUGUGGAUGUUGCGGCGGAGCAGCCGGACUGAACGCUGCCAGUCACGUUGUCACUGUUGAGGUUUCAGACCACACGCAGCACGUUUGUCAGUGCUUUGCUUCCUUCGUCUCCCCCCGGAAGGGAGCUUUUCAGAGCCAGAAUUUAUAAAGAUAUUCACAGCAUUGUCUUGCCUCCCCUUUUUCAGUUAAGCUGUAUAUUUAUGGAACUAUAUGAAUCUGCUGUUCAGGGUGAUUGUUUAAAGUUCACUGUGAGAUUUAGGAAAGGGUCAUGAAGCUGAUGCCACUCAGAGCCUGUUCAGCAGUAGCUGAUGGUGCACCGGUCGGUGAAGGAAGCUCUUAUUGCCCCCACCACUUCGUCAGGGCACACAGCUCUUUCAAGAUUAGGAUGCAUUUUUCUUUAAAAUGAAAUACUAGAAAUUAGUGAAAAUCAGGCACACAUUAAAGAAUGGAUCAAAGGAAUUGUGGUUUUGGGACUACACAAAGACUAACUUUUGUUUAUGUUAAUAGCACCAUUUACUCAUUGGUCUUGAAAGUCUGAGCAAAAACAAAAAAAAACACAACAAAACCCGACUUAAGAAACAAUGCACUUUCAGCUUUUGAUAGGUCAUACGCUCGUUCCUAAACUGGGUAUUGGUCAGAUUCCUAUCCAGUAGUGGUAUGCUAUUAUAUUGCUUCUCAUGGUAUUGUGAACAAGUCUUAUUAGGGUCAAGUGUCUACCAGAAUAACUCUUCAGAGAGAUGAAAUGUUCAUAUGCCUUCUUUCAUGUGGCCACAGUUUGUAUUCAGCAAAUUCAUCCCUAGGUUGCUGUGUCAGCUGGUCCUUAAACUGCUCGAAGGUCUAACCAUCUCAGUGGGAUCUGGCGCGCUGGAGUAUUUUGUGUUUCUUGGGGCAAUAUCCUGGCCAUUAGUAUGGUUAUGAUUGGAAAUUGAAAACGUCUGAUUAGAGAGUGAUUGUGAAAACAAGACUUUGUUGAAACCUCUAAAAUGAUAUUUUGCUUUAAAGCAAAUUAUGGCUGAUGAACUCCUUAUGGUUGAAACUUCUUGUAGCAUUCAGACCAAAAGCUCGUUUGUAGUUCUGUGUCAAAUGAUGCUGUGUAGCCACAGACUUACAGUGUGAGGAUGGUAAGCAUCACUGAUGUGACAAGCAGUGGUUUUUUGCUUGGAGUGGGAUUAUGUAUCUUAAUUCUACUUGCACUUGGCAAGAUUCUCUUCCAGUUGUUUGUUCUGCUCGAUAACUAAGGUGUGGAGCAUCACAUGUGGUGCUUCUUAUAAAGCUGUGGUGGUGAUGGUACUGCUCAGGUGAGCUGCUGGGAAAAGAGGAUAAACUUUAACGCUUGUUUUAGAUUGCAUUCAAAACUCCAACACAUAAUGAUACACAUUCAUCAUUGUUAAUUCUCUCAGUCUUUCUUUUUGCUACUCCUGCCUUAGAUACACUGCUGAAUACAGUACUAUAGGUCGGUUACCAACACGUACAAUUUUGAAGAGACGCAGCAUGGAGGGAAAGAUUUAGGAAUAUGAUGGUUUUUCUUGUGCAAGAGAAGUUUGGGGUUUGGUUGGUUUGUUUCUGCUUGGAAGCCCCAGCAGGGGAAUAAUGAACUUUAUGUAACCAUUGAACUGGAGUGAUACGUAGAUUACAUAAUAACCUCCAAUUGCAUAUAUUUUUUGUGCUCAGAAGGUAACAGUUUGGGGAGAACAAGCAUAACUUAGUGUUUUAAAGCUACAAGAGGAAAACAGAUGUGCAACACUUCCCAACUUCUUGCAUGGCAGUUUCUUGCAGCACUGAUAUUGCCCAUCUUCUUUCUCUUGAAGAGGAUGGGGAGACUUAGAACCAAAUGCAGGUCUGUGUGCCUGUGUCUUCCUUCCAUCUCCUUCUCGCCCCUUAUUUACUUGAAUAGCUCUGAACCUUUCCUCUGUUUUCUCAAAAUGCAAAAGUUGCUGGAGACUGUGAAUGUCUGUCAGGUGGGAUUCACGCUCUGAAGCAUUGGCAGAGAUCUUAGUGGCACUGAAAGCAGUGACCUGAAACAGCCCUGCAGGGAUAUGGAUGUCUGGCAAUGGUCACAGGAGGCUGAGUCAAGGGAGUAUUGGUGUCCUUUGAGAAUGGAAAACAAAAAUGUGUGUUGGUUUUGGUUUUUUGUUUUGUUUUGUGAACAGACAGGUUAAGUUUCAUAGAGUCAUAGAAUGUCCUGAGUUGGAAGGGACCCACAAGGAUCAUAGAGUCCAGCUCCAUUCCCUGCAUAUGACAACCCCACAGGCCACACUGUGUGUCUGAGGGCAUUGUCCAGUCUCUUCUUGAACACUGUCAGGCUUGGGGCUGUGACACCUCCCUGGGGAGCCUGUUCCAGUGUCCAGCACCUCCGGGUGAAGAACCUUUUCCCAAUGUCCAACCUAAACCUCACCUGGCACAUCUUCUGUCAUUCCCUUAGGUUCUGUCAUUGGUCACUAAAGAGAAGAGUUUGGGGCCUGCCCCUUCUCCUCCCCUUGUGAGGAAGCUGUAACCACAUGAGGUCUCCUCUUAGUCUCCUCCAGGCAGAACAAACCAAGUGACUUCAGCCACUCCUCAUACUGCUAUUCUCCAAACCCUUCACCAACUUUGUAGCCUUCUUCUGGACACUCUCUACUAGCUUAGUAUCUUUUUUAUGCUGUGUCCCCAGCCCUGCACACAGUGCUCUAGGUGAGGCCACACCAGUGCAGAGCAGAGCGGGACGAUCCCCUCUCUGCCCGGCUGGCCGUGCUGUGCUGGAUGCACAGAGAGACCCUGCAGGGGGAUCUGGAUGAAUUGGAGAACUCGGCAAUCACCAGCCACGUGAAGUUCAACAAGGGCAAGCGCCGGAGUUUGCACCUGGGACACGACAACCCUGGCUGUACAGACAGACUGGGGGAUGAGAUGCUGGAGAGCAGCUCCAUGGAGAGGGAUCUGGGGGUUCUGGUUAACGGCAAGUUGAACAUGAGCCAACGGUGUCCCUGGCAGCCAAGAGGACCAACCGUGUCUUCUUGCUUGAGCUGAGUGCCUGAAGGCCAUUCAAAUAGAGGAAGUGGAAUUAUUUGUGGCUUUGAGUCACUGUCUUCUUGAAUGUUUUCUUAGCUAGUUAUCCUCUUAGAAUAUGAACACACCUGUGACUGGGUUUGUGUUAGUUUCCAUACCUUAACUGUAAAGCUGUGGCUUGCAGUAAUGAUCCUGAGGACAUCAGGGAUAAUACAUUUCUCUGGUAAAACUGAGUUCUUAGUACCAGUUUUUGGAUCUUCAGUGACACCAUGAGAAAGCAAAACUGAAGUUUCUUGGAGUUAGAGCUGCUGUUGGAACGAGGCACUUUCAUUCUGAUGGAAACCAAGGAGCUGAUGCCCUGCGGAUCUGAGCGGGGGUGAGAAGGUGCUUUGGUGUGAAGAUAGGAGACUUGGAACGUGUCUGUUCUGUCUUGUAUGAGCAGUGGGACCAGGUUGUAGGUUUCGUCCUCUCUGAUCUUCGGUCUUUGAUGUUGUGAACAAGUGCUCACAACUGGCAAAUGUGGGGAGACAAGUGAGAUGUCCAUCUUCAGCUGUCGAAUCUGAGCCCUGUCCUGCUCGAGUCUCUCACCUGAGCUUGUGUCAGACAGAACCACGAGUCCCACCGGUGUUCUGAAGGCCUGCCGAAAGUUAAGGAGUUUGUGUUAAACUGAUAACAAGGCCGAAUCAUGAAUGGAAGAGACUUAAUUGCUGCUGUCUUGAAAGCUUGUUUUCUUUUUUAAAAAAUGCUUAUUCUAAUAAUGGCAAGUCACUGACAGCUCCUUUCUGGUUAUAACAGCAUCAGGUGUGUGUCUGGUGUUAUGUAGUCAGAACAGUGAGUAACUUCUGUAUGUGUUGCUUUGCUGCUUUACGGAUCAGAAACCUCAUCUAAUUAAGCUUCAGUUUUUCUUUUGUUUUCUGGCUAUCAUUUUAUUAAGACUUGACUAUCUGGCUGGUAGGAACACAACUCUUCUGUACUACAGCCUUGAUUUGUGCAUAGAAUAGCAAAAUAUUUUACAAAUGUUGGUCAUGCAUUUUCCAAAAUCUCAGUUCUUUAAAGUGUAUUUGCAGGUUUUGAAACCUGAACUGGAGAUUUCAAUUUGCUCUGUGAGUUGGCUGGGCUGGUUAAUCCUCUCUGUUAUGGGAGAGAGUUGAUAGGUGAAAAAAAGAUGCAAAAGGCAGGUUUAGUCCUUUGGACAGGAGGUUCCUCUGCUGUAGUUUCUGUGGUGUGCUGUGCCUGGUCUGAGCUUGAUCCGUGCUUGUUCUUCAGUGGUUUCUGACAGAAGAAUGAAGUCUGCCCGUGCCCAGAGUUGCCUGGUGUCUCUCGGGCCUGGGGUCCCCUACUCCACGCUACAGACGAGAUUUUUGUGCUGUAAAAGGAAGGCGUUUUUUCUGGGAGUGCAACAGGUGACUACAGGUCUGGGUCCUCUGCAGGAGAAGGCCGAGAUGAUAAAGGAAGCAUAAUUCACAUUUAAAAUAAGAGAUAAUUGAGGUAAAGACUUGCACAGUGAUUGUACCUGAACAGCCUUUGCAGAGCGUGUAAUGCACAAGCAGCUUGCUUGCAUCCUGGGCUUGAUCUCUGAUCCCAUUAUUCUGUUUCCCAGUUUCUGCCCCUCCCUCUGUUCCUCCUCUCCUUUUUGUUUCUAAGUUUCAGUCAUGCUUUAGUCCCUCAUGUGCCAUGGUGUGGGGUAGUACAUGGGGAGGGUUGAAGACGUCCCAUCCAAGUGUUCAUUUGUCCUCUUGUUUUGCCUCGACACUGGGUGCUGUCUUCACGCCAUGAGCUCCAGCCCAGCCACAUCAUUGCUGCUUUAGUUCACGAGGAGAUGCCUGUUCUCAUUGGCUUCCGAAUGCAGUAUUGUAAAUAAGGAUCCCUGGGUUUUAUUAAUUCUUUAAUACUGCAAUACCCAAGGUGUCUCUUGGAGUGGUGUGGAAGGACUUGGUUGCUGCUGGCUGCUGUGGGGUGUCUGCUUGCAGCUGCACUGCUCUGCCCCGAGAACCCUGUACCUGAGCCCUGGAAUCAGAGAAUCCUUUGGGUUGGAAGAGAUCCUUAAGAUCAUGGAGUCCAACCAUAACCUAUCUCUAGCAUUAAACCAUCCUGUUAAAGUACGUGGCAACACUUUAAGAAUGAUGGAGACACACACAUCAGAGGUCAUGGUGAGAAGGGGCACCUGGCUGCUUAAACCUUCUGCGAGAACAUCCUUCUCUUUCCUUCCUUUGGACAGUUUUAUGUGUUCUUUCAUAUCUUAUGGAAAAAGAAACACCUUGUGAAAAUAACUAAUAUAACUCUCAGAUUAUAGUGGAAUUUUAAGGGCUAGUAAAUCGUAUUUACCUAGUUAAAAACUUUGGACUUUCAAGCUUUAGACUAUUACAAUACAUUAUAAUGUACUAAGGGAGAGUUGAGGGCACCUGUACAAACUGUUUCUAAAUGAGUCUAAGGCAAUAAUAAAUAGAUGCUUCUAGACACUACUGCAGGGGAGAGUGCUGUUCCAAAGAUAAAGUACCAAAUUCAGUGGUGGGUUCCUGGUUUUGGAGGAAGCUCCGGUGUCUGUGGUAUUUGCACACACUUGCACCACCACCAGAGUCCUUCUGCCAGAGCCUGGUCAGCGCGGGAGGCUGAGAUGGUCCCUUGUGGAGAAGGUGGGAGGCACAGUGUAAGAAAAUGAGGUAAAAGACACCUAAGUAUGGAGGAGAAGGUACAAUGGAAAGAGCAAAAAACACUGAUGUGACCUAUUUAGCGGAAUAAGAAUAAAGUAGGUUAAGAAAGCAGCAGAAAGAUACAGCACUGGCUCUUCUACUCAGGCCAACCACUACAAUUUCUGUUUACUUCCAAAUAAAGGUAGGGAGUCAAGCUGGGAAAAAAUAGUUUGUGGGAGUUCAGGUAAUUUUUCCACAUAGUCCAUAAGUUUAGUUAAACCUCCGCACAGACGUUUAAGGUCUGUGCUGUUGAAAACCUUGUCCUUGCUGGCUGGAUGCUGACUGCUUCCUUUUCUAUGUGUUCCUUUGGCUUGUUUGGGAGAUGGAGCUAGGAAAAAAUCCCAGAGAGGAGCGUCGCUCAAAAAUUGUUAAACAUGGAGCCAUUUGGAGAACUUUUCAUUUCUAUAUAUUUAUAUUGAGACUGGAUCUGUGUGACUCUAAUGGUUUAGAUAUAAUUACAGCACUUGUAGCCAGCUGUGCCCAUGGACAGAGCCGGCACUUGCUCUCCCUGGGCACUCGGCCGGUGGAUGUGAUUACGGGACAGGGUAACUUGGUAUUAAUUGCUCUGCCUAUUGAAGAGCUUUGAAAUGACUCCAGGUGGAGCAUGUAGAGGUCAUGAUUUGUUGUGGCAUAACUUGGUGAGGAAGAAACGCAGGCAGCUUUGCUGCAAGCAGAUCUUAUAGGAAAGUCUCGAGUAGUUGUAUAAAACCUUUGAUUAGGAUACAUAGUAAUUUUCUUCCAGUUUAUACCAUCUUGUGGUGGAGCGUGUAUUUAAAAAUGCUCCCUUUUUUAUUACAGUCUUCUAGUCGUUGUUUUGGAAUUUCAAAGUCAGGCCCUUCUGGACCAAAAUAACUUCCAUAAACAUAGUUUUUAAGAGUGUGAAUGCUUUCAGGAGGCCAGCACCUUACUGGUUAAGGAGAGGUAAGGUCUGGAGGCCGUAAUCUGCUGUGUGUUCUACCCAGUUAUGUAAGCGGUACAUGGAUGUGCAUUAAUACACUUAGUGCGUUAGAACUGCUUGGUUUAGGAAGCGUUAAAUAUUAACUUAUACAUACUGUGUCUUCUUCUGUGCAUCUGCGCUUCCGUGCUCAAAUGUGGUCGGACCAGAGCUUGUGGUGCCUACAUAUGAAAACGGAAUGAAUGCAAGUUGAAUGCUUGGCCUUAUUUCUCAUGUUUCCUGGCUUGAAGGGAGAUCCCUUCACAUGAAAGGAGAUUGGCAAAGGAAAAAGAGAUUGUUUUUAAACAAAGACAUGUUUUGAAAUUGUUACAAUGGCAACAGAAGAUUAAUGUAAAAAACUAUAUUUUAUUUCUUUUUUCGUUUUUCUUGCCAGCUUGACACUUGAACCAGAGGUGACCAGGGAGUGUGAUCUGCAGAUACCCAGUAGAGACAGCCGGAAAUUGCUCUUUACUGCACCUAUCCCAUCGGCGGAGCUGUUUGUAUUAGGAUUGAGGAGCAGUGCUCAGGAAACUAGGGAUCUGGUGGCUUAGGGUGUCCUCUUCAUAGUGACAAAUUGCUUUCAUUGAUUUUUUUCUUUUUUAAUUUAUUUUCUUUUCAUGCUGGUUUGAAAGGCUUCUGUUGUUGCACUUGGCUUUAAGAUGAAAAGCCAGUUUACAAAGGUUGAUUAGAUGCCUGUUAUGUUGCAGACACAAGUGCACCGUUCAAUAUGUAGCUUAAUGCAGACUCUCUAGGAUUCCCAGACCCAUGGCACUCCGUACAUUAAUGUAAGGACUUAAGUCAUUUCCUAAAGCUGCUGGGCAGCUUAAGCUUUCUGUUGGUUUACUUGAGUUUAAACCGUUUUAUUAUUUUGCAUCAUUUUUGAUAGUAAAGCAAACUGAAGAAUCAGUGAGGAGGUGACGGGCCUGAUGAAGAAUGAAGGGGCAUAUUUUAGAGUCUGCAGUCAUGGUUUGAGGACACCUGUUUAAUUAGCUAUACAGGGAUGCGUGUUGCAAGUACAUGCCUCCUACUUUGAAUUUGUUGCGUCUGCUUGGUAAGCAACUUUCAAAUGCUUCUGAUUGCAGUGUUUGAAAAACUACUUUUAAUUCAGGAAAGACCCUAUUUUGUGCCAAGAUAUGUUUUCCUACUUUGAGACUUUUGAUGCUUGCUUGCUUUAAAAAAUCGACAAUAAAAAAUAUAUUACGUGUGGGUGGCAAAAGUCCUUCUCCUUCAUUUCUCUUUUCAUCCAUUCCCUUCUCCCCCAUGCAAGACUCUAACCAAAGUUUCCAUUGAGUCCACCUUUGGAACUGAAGGUUUCCGGCCUUAAACAGUCCACUUUGAUGACAGAUUAAGAAAAGUGGAUUUGGGGGACUGACUUGGCAUUGUAGAAGGUAUUCUGUUUUUUACACUGAUGGGUCCAUUCUGAAGGUCGUGGAGAAGAACCUCUUUCAAACGUAGUGGUUCCCCUUGCAGUGUUGUAUUUUGUGAGGGUCCAGCAUACUUUCUCAUAACUGUUUUGCGUUUAUUUAGAAAUGUUUUGAGCAGAUACUGUGUUGUAUGCGGUGAGGAUAAAGGGGAGAGGAACAGUUCGUGGUCUGGAUGCCAAGCUGGCAGAUGUCCUGAGUGAUGUGUAGCAAGGCUGGGAGCGAGAAGUGAACCCGUGAAACAGAGCCAGGAGAUGCUACUGAGUUCAGGAUUUAAUCGGAGCCAAGGGCUGGAGACCUCAUUUCGCUCAGAGGCAAGUUAUCCUCAAUCUGCUAGCUAGCAGCCUUUUGCCUAUUUAAAAUACAUUAUCUUUUGAAUCCCAGAAUUUUGUCUGAGGAAAAGACAUUGCAGCGUAGUUAAUGCAAAGAACUUCCAAGGUGUGAUUUUAUUUGGGUUUUUUGCUAUUUUACUUGAGAAAGCUGCACUGCUGGAGUUCCUGCUGCCCCCCUGCAUUUAUAGCUCUCAGUGAUAAUCUUUGUAGGUUUCAUACUGAGAAUUUACAGGGAUAUUUCUGUAGCAAAAUAAUAGGGUUGCAGCUGCAGAUUGGGAUAAAUUUCUCAACCAUGCGUGUUUUGUUUAUAUUCAGUUGCUACUGGGAGCUGAAUCUCCUCAAAUAACAGAAGUCAAAUGGAGUGAUCUGGUCUCCUGUUGUCUACCCUGCUUCUUAUCUUCAGGCAACUAUAGGAAAACGAAGAAGAUUUGAAGUCUGCUGGGACAGCUUUAGUAUUAAGCAUAGGUCCCUGUUGUGGAAUAGUCAGCCAAAAUGUAUGUAUGUGUGUGUGUGCUUAUGUGUGAUGUAUGCAGUAUGACUGAAGUUAGACCAAGAUGAAACCAACAGAAUCUUCUCUGUUUCUGAAGACUGCACAAGCGUUUGUUUUUCAGGGGCUUGGACAGGAAUGUUCUGGAGCCAUCCCAGCUGUAGAAAUAGGAUGGGAAGAAACUACCGUCUUUGUCAUUAAAAAGGGCUGAAGUGUCCUGAAAGAGUUAAGCUCUAAUUAGCUCACUCGUAAGGUAUUUAAUAUCCUUAUUAAACUCAACUGCUGGUUUGCUUUUUUGUUUUUUUUCCUUCUUAUGGUGAAUAAAAUUUCUUGAAGAGCUGAGCCUGUGCCUCUCAGAUCAGAGGCUCACAUGUUGAAGCUGGCAGUGCUAGAGGCUAGUUCCUAUCUGUGUGACAGCGUUUUUAAUUUAACAGGACCAGCUUUGAUGUUCUCGAAUAUUUAUAGGCAGCUUCAGAUCACUCCAGUAUGUAUUCUUUUCAACUGGAGCAGAAGUUCCUCCUCACACAACAGAAUUUCUUUCCCUCUGUUUACUCUCGGGUCUCUUUUGGAUUUGCAGUCAUCAGAGUGGUUUUAUGUUACAAAAAUACUGCUCAAAUACUUACUUGUGGGAGGAACCGCUUGAUUUCCUUUCUAGUUUCUGCAGCUUGGGGGUGGUCCGGUUACUGCAUCUGAGCUCCGUGUUUGAGCCUCGCUGCAGACACGUUGCAGAGGAGACGGAUGCAGGGAAACAGAAUUUGAGCAGAAUGUGGAUAUUGUGGAGCCUUGUCCCUCUGCCUGUGCUCCAGUGUGCCUGCGAGCCGGGCUGUCCUCCCAAACACAGACACGGCAGGGGUUGCCACUUUAAAGUCACUAGUUUUGGUGUUUUAGGAAGGCCUGGCUGUGGUUUGAAUCUUUGCCUUGAUUGUGCCGUGUCUGAUGGAGGUGUUUCCUCAGACCAGCUUUCGUGGUAGAUUUCUCUUUUCGUCCUUUCUCUGCCAUGUUUCUCUUCUGCUUUAUCCUCUCAGCCCUCUGUUGUGGAUCUUGCAUGGACUGAGUACCGUGCUGCUGAUGUUCCAGCCCAGAGAGACCUUGUCGUGACCAACUGGGAAAGCAAAGCCAUGUUGUUCUUUUUUCUAGACCUUUUCUGUGUGGAUGCUGGCGGUUCAGGCAGAUUUCUCUAUCCCGCUCUGUUAUGCUUGGUUUUUGUUGUGAAGUUCCAUACACUUCGCAUUACGUGAUGAUCUCCUAAUUCGAAUUCUCUUCUUGUAGGCUUAUUUGGAACUCCGUUACUGAAGCAGCAGAUUUUUUGCGUAUUAAUUUGAAUGGCUUCGCUUUGUUAAAAAUACGGUCUUUCAGUAACGAUAAUUUGGCCUACAGUGGAAAAGGUUUGUGGGUUUAGACAUUCCAGUUAUGGAUGCACUUCUUUGCUGGUACAGCCUUUUCUAGUUCAGCAAGUGAAAUCAAUUAUGUCACUGCCUACAUAGCCAAAUAGUGCCGGGAAGCAACCACAGGAGGAAGGGGCUUGAUUGUCUAUCUGAUGUAAAUAGUUUGCUCAAAGAGCAAGGCUUGUCUUGCUACGGAAAUUCAGCAGGGAAAUAGAGACCUGUAACUUACUAAUGUAGCAAUGAGAGUUUCUAAGAUAAGCCAAUAAACAGAAUUUACUAACACAGAAAAAUAGGGAAAGAUCUUGCACUCUUUCUUCCAGAAGAAAGAAAAACAUCACUUUUUCACAGUUAAUUUUAAGGGAGAACUUCUUUAGAAGUGAAGCAGCUGUGUGUAUCUUCAGAAAUUGGGUGUUCGUGCACAUUCCGCUAAUGCUGAUGUGAAGUCUGACGGUGUGGCUGCUGGAGAGCAGUUUCAGUGCUUGUGUCUAGAGAUGGGAAGAUGGGGUUGCGACUUGGUUUUUCUUUAGUACCCUCCUCUGAACUGUUGUUGACAGAGGCAGUUUUCCUUCUCCUUACAUACCCUGCAAUAUCCUUGUGAAACAGGAGAAUUUAUGAAGUGUGGAAAUAACUUAAUGCUUCUGUCUCUGGGAAGGAUUUAUCCAACAAACACGGUUUAGUCUUUAUAUGUUUUGUUAGAGCUUGGGUAGAGCUGUAGUAGAAAGCUGGUCCUAGUGAUCUAAGGCAAUGCUUUGCUAAGUUUCCCUCUGUCCCCCAUCUGACGUCCAUAAGAGUUAAAGGAAUGGAAAGAAACAAAAGACAAGCAGCGUGUGGUACAGACAUGAGAUUGUUUUAACCAGCUCUGCAACCUUUUCCUGGGGGGGGUGGGAUUCCCCUGAGUGUUUAGGGUUUUUUGAGGCUUUACUGUCCAUGUAGAAUCCACAUCUCACUGUGAGUUUAGAUUCAGUAACUUCUGGAAACAUUUUGGGAUGUUUGCACAACCUGGAUAGGAAGUAUAUUGGCAAACCCACUUACUAAGAUUAAAGAACCAGCUCCAAACUUGUCGCUUAGGAGUGGGCAGUAAGUAGUACCAAGGUUGUGACUCAAACAGGAACGUCAUCUCAGCCUGAAGUUUAACUUUCAACUAUCUUAGUCAACAGAAAGUGUGUUGUAAUGUGAAAACUAGUAUACCUCUUCCAGGCUGUGAAUGGAGCUUCCUUUGAAAUAAGGUCCUUGAGGAGGUUUGAAAUAUGCCCCUUCCCAUUCCAGAUUACCCAGUACUGAAAGUUCAGUUAAAAGCAUAGGAGACAGAAGGGAGAGGGUCAUCUUUCUCCUUGUCACUGCUUAACGUCAAAGUUAAUAACAAUCGUUUCCAUACUAAGAUGAAACUGCAAGACAAAUUUAAAAAAAUUGUCUUUGUGAAGCAAGGUUUUACAUUUUUAUGAAUUCUUCACUGUUGCUGGUUUAAGAUGGUUUUACAGGCCUGGUGGCUGCUGUUGGUGUGUCCCUGCACUUAACAGCUGCUUCUACUUUGCAGGCUUUCCCGUGGAUAAAAUGUUGUCUUACGACCACCUAGAUGAAAGAACGUGAGCUGCUGGGCACCAAGGUGCCCCCAUGGACUGGGAUGCUGGCAUGUCACAUACAUGUUCAUUCUUCUUCCCCAGCUUCAAAGUAAAAUGUCAUCUUGAAGCCACCACUUUUUUUUUUCUUAGUAUUUACUUGGUUACUUGAGCUCAGAUCUCUGGAAAGGGCUUUGGGAGUGUAAAAUGUAGUUUGGCAGCAGUAACUCUGUGCUGACACCUCUUGCCAACGAGCGAGCCCCUUCUCACAGCGACCACGUCCUCUGCGUGUGUCGUGGGUCACAGCAGCAUCGCUGUUAAUUCUCCGUGAUGGAGACGAUGCCCCUGCACAGGCGUGUGCUGGUCCCUCGUUGCUGAGCAAUCUUGCCCAGAGUCAUCAAAACCAAGGGGAAAGUUGCUAAAAGGGCCCAAAUGCUGUUGAGGGCUUUUGGCAGGUGACAUCCCAAAGGAGGGGAGAAGGGAUGGCUUUCUGUUUGUAGAAAAUCUGUUUCUCCUUGCUCCUUUCCAGCCCUUUUCUAAAGUGGGUUGAAAUAGUAUCAAGUGUCCAGGGUUUGGAUGGGCUUAAAUGAACGGAGGCACUAAGGGGGUGUUCUGUGCAGGCGCGUUGUGGUUGUGCCCGUAUUGUCUCAAGGUGCAGUUGUCAUUGUCAGGAGUUGCGCUGGGGAGGAAUAAUUUUUGUGCUACUAGAAGAGACCUUGGUCCUGUCAGCAUCCAUAUUUAGUUACUGGCACAAGUGAGAACUUAAUGUUCUUGCUGUUUAAUUGUUCUUAUGGUUUCCAAAUCUGUUUCUCUAGUGAAUAUGUUUUUCAGUGACAUUUAGUGGUCUGAAGUCAUUGAUAAACACAGGCAGUAGCUGGAGCCAUUGUGGUUGAGUCUACAGCUUUGUAGUCUUGUUCCUCUUAGGUUAUUUGUGUGGUUGUACCCUUUAAGUGAAAUAAACAUCAUGUGCUGUGCUUGACCAAUGUCAUUCUGUCUUAUGUUUAGGGAAAGAAUGGACUUUGGAAAAUGCUUCUCCUUUGAAAGGGGUUACUUCCAUCUGAUGAAGGCUGUGGAGCAUCUCCUAUGAUUAGAGAAAAGUUAGUUUGAAAAGCAUAAUGUGUACAUAUGUAAAUGAUUUUUUUUCCCUGGGCUUUAAACUUACUACAUUUUAAACUAAUUCAAAGUAUGAUCGUAUGUGACUUUUGACUUAUGUGAUAGAAUUGUGUGUUUUCGGAUGCGAUGCAUUUGGUCAGCUCUGCUUAGACUAUUCCCUUCAUAUUUAGUGUGAUCAUUUUUUGACAUAACAUUAUCUCCUUCCACCUUUUUCCCUGCCGUGUCAUUGUCAUGCAUAGGUCAAAAGGCUAUUGAACACGUGCUGCCUUGGUGCUUUCUAACGUUACCUUAGUUUACAGAUUUAAAACUUCUUUUUCUGGUGAGGGUAUGGGCUUCAGUGUGUCAAGCUUAAGCUUAUCUGCACUAGGCCUCCUUUUAUUAAUUAAUUUUUUAAUAUCCUUUUAGAGUAAUCCACAAGCUGUAGGUUCAAACCUUCCCUUGAAGGUGUUCUGUGCCGCCCGGGGGGUUGUGGACACAGGGGUACCCAUUUCUGGGCCUGGCUGGGAUUUUAGGAGCGCUUAUGCCAGCCCUGAUGUGCGCUGUCCUGGCUCCCUGGGGAUCCAAAACUAGAAUAUUUUGAGAUGCUGUGGGUCAGGACUGAUAGUGUAAAUCCCGGUAUUCUCAAACACUUUUAAGUAGGCUCUGCAAACACUAUUUCCAUCUCUCUCAUGCUUUUGUGUUAGGAGGAAGUAGCAAGCGGGAGCACACAUCUAAUUCAGUCCUAUUGCAAUGAGAAUUUUUGCAAAUCAGAUACAAAUUAUUUUCAGUCCUUAACUUGCAAUUGAUGCCUUUGAAUUGGAGUUAGUGAAGCAAUACAACAUACUGUUGCUGAUAAGGGUAUUGCUAAUGAGUAACCUCCUAGAUAAGAUUUUUGUCAGGCUAGGCUGCAUUGCCUAGGAAGCUGAAUUAUAUUUUUUAGCAGUUGUACUAUCCAAGUGUUGCUGAAUUUUGAAAUCUUCUCUUUAUAAACAUACUCCAGAUAAACUGGACACUGCAGUCUUCAAAACAGAAUACACAAACUAAUUAAUCUGUUCUGGAGGCUGAUGCCAGACAUAUUCUUCAGGCAGCAGAAUUCUGACCUAGGUUAGGACUAGUUUAGUUAGGAAGGGCUGAAAAAAGUAGUAGGAGUUCUGAAUGUCUGUCAAAGGAACGUUGUGGGGCUUCACUUUUUUUUUUUAAUAGUGUUCUUGUGAGAGACAGAAUAAUGAAAAGAUGCUCAGAAAGCUGGAGAGAAACUGAACAAGAAGGGAGCCAUCCUAACGUAGUCACUGGGUGUAUAACAAGCUGUAAAAACCGAACAGCUGGAGAAUACCCUUUCACACUGUUUCUGCCUUCAGAGGCGUGCUGGUUGUGGCUCCCCUGCUUUCAGGAGCGGUUCAUGGACUGUAUGGCAGCAGAAUUUAAUCUUUGUAUCAGUACAAUAAUGUGGCGUUGCCAUGCCCAACCAUAGUGCUCUGUUUCUCAGCACAGAAUAGCAUUUCUUAGUCUGGAAGAGAAUCUGCAAGUGAAUUCACAGAUUUUUUUACUGUUCGUUUUAUAUGGAAUUAACACCACAAACUGUGCCUCCGGGAGGAGGAGUUGGUUUUAUUUAACUUUUCAAACUGAGACUGCUGCAAGAAGAAUAUGGUAUUUUUUUAAAAAAAGCUCUUUAGAAAUACAGUAACUUACAUUUUUAUUACAAAUAUAGUUAUUUUUUCAGAACAAUUGCAGGUGUUUCCCCUGCCUUGCCUUCAGCUUCGUAAGAAUACAGAAUACCUUUGUAAGUGUAUAGCCAUUUUGAAAGCAAUUAAGAAUGUGCCGUUUGACUGGGACUUUAUGGGUACCCGUGGUUUUGGUUGUUGUUUUGGUUGUUUGGUUUGGGUUUUUUUCCUGUCCAUUUAGAAACCUGUCAGUGAAAUGUCCUUGGAGAUGCUGAGGGAUGACUUCUAACUGUGAACGAGGUGGAUUAUUGGGAGGAUGAACAAAAUGGGUUAGAACAAAAUGUAUGCUGUGCUUUGCUACGGGUGAGCUUGUGCUGCCUGUCUGUUUUAGGAAGAUGUGACAUGUCUUCUGAUGGUGGCCUGUUCUGUCUCAUUAGCUGGCAGGGAGUUGCCUCUCUGCUGUUAAGACUCUAGGAUCCUGUUUCCAUUACCGAGGCAGGUAGUGGGUGAAUAAACUUCAUUCACGCUGUUUAAAACCUGCUGCUAUUGCAGGCAAAGCUGCCGUGCUCUGCCCGAGACCCAGCCUGUCCUCCGAGCCCUCGUUGUGCUGCGGGGCGCGGGGGAUGCGGGAGCAGCUUUCGGGGUGUGCUGCUCCCAGCGCUGCAGGGUGGUUACAAGAACCCCGAUGGGUAAGGAGUGGAUGAUGUUAAAUGAGGAUGGGUGAGCAAGGGAUAAAAAAGAUCUAGGCUUUACCUCCGAUUUCUUUCCUGGUGUCUUUUUCUUGCCUCUGAUGCCUCACUUUCUGAUUCCUUCUCGUUCUUCAGUGAAUCUCAGUGCAUUACCAUGAACGCAUGCUACCAUCUUUGAACUCCAGGGUGAAACGGAUUUGCAAGGUAGAAAAUUAAUUAAAAGUUCAUGAUCCUAGCAUUUUGACCCCGCGCUUCUAUUUAACAGAUUGCUGUUGUGCCUUCGCGCUAGUCUGUUAGCUGAAUAACUAACUAAGCGACAAUAUGAAGAGCCAAGACUGCCCUUGCGAGGGCUGUGGUGAAGGGGAGGAGGAGGGCAAGCAGUGGUGUGGAGGAUGAGCUCUGCUGUAAUGCCACUCGUAGAGUUUUUCACUGUGUGUCUGAUUUGGACAUUGCUGAAGAGCUACAAACAACAAAAGUGGAAACUGGAAUCGCUGUUCAGUGAAAAUAGACUGAGAAAUCCAGUAGUUGUUAGACUAAAUGAGGAUCUUGCUGUCUAGAAAGGAUGGCGAUAGCCAGUGUGGAACAGUGGACAGUGGCUGAGGAACAAAGGUAUGAGUUUCUGUAUCUGAGGUGAAAGUAUUAAGAGAAAGUUUUCUCUUAGCUUACGUGUUGGAAAGGGAUACAAGACUGAUGCUGACAUGGCAACUGCUGCAUGUCAGGAAAUCAUGGGUGUGAGGACAAGUGUUACCUUAGCUGAGUGAGUACAGGAAUUGUACCCUGAUUUACCUUCUGUCAGCCACGGUUCUUGUUAUGUGCUGGGAAAAGUGAGAUGGGAAGUUUGUAAUAGUGAUUAGUAUGUGGUGAAGAAGUAAGAGCCAGCUGCUUGUCUACUGGACCCGUGCUGUGGUUUGUUCUGAGCCACGCUGGGUCCUCUGCAGGUCGUGCUCAGGUGGGACUGCUGCUGCUCUUAAAAAACGAUCUAAACUCGCAUGCACAGUUGCUGAAGCAGCUUCUCCACAGGGCAGCAGAUGCUGUUGCUAUAUCCUCAAACCCAUCUUAAUUUUUCCCCUUUUCAAGGGGUUGUUAGAGUGUGUCUAAGUGAAAAACAGCAAGCUUGUGUGGCAGCAGUAUGCGGAACUGAAUCCUAUCAUAUGAGUGAACAACAUAAAUUCCUACGUAAAGCUUCCGCUCGUAUGUAAGCGGUGCAUUGUUUGUUUAGAUUGGGGGAGUAUUCUAACCUUAGGCUUCUUGUGAUUGUGACACGGUGUGAAAAUAAAGCUUAUAUUAAUAACUCAAAACCCUUCCAAACCAUUUGUCUUACCAUCUGCACUGCUGUGGAAAGGUGGAGAAGUGAAAACUUGGAGUUUUCAAACAAUCUGCUUCUAAAAAUACACUUAAAAAUGAACAAUGCAAAGGAGAAAUUCCUUGUCAAAGGUCUUUCUUGAACAUGUCCAUGGUGGAGGUCUUUGCCCUGAUUCCAAGAGGACUCUCAGCAAUAAUGAUUACAGAUCAGUAGGUGCUAUAGCAUGUGGGGGAAUGUUCUGAAAUAAUGAUCCCAUGCCCAGCUUUCCAGAGGUGCAAAAGUACGGGGUGUCUGUCUUUUGUCUUCCCUUGGAGCCAUAGCACUGAAAUGGUGCAUCCCAUUUUUGUAGAAGAUCUGAGAUAAGAUUAGUUUCUGAGGUAAGAUGACAGUUUUUAUAUGUUUUACCCGUGUUUGAGAUCAAAGUUUACCCAUCACCAGUGAACAUAAAGAUGAGCCAAGCGCCUUUCCCUGGGUCGCUGUUGGUGGGAGGCUGGUUAUAACUGUUCGUGUCCAAUUACCUGUGAACCCCUGAAACAAAACUGGGAGCCCAGGGAACUCGAGUGGUGGGGAAAUAACUGCAGAGCACAGAAACUCAAACUUCGGGAGGAACCCCAGCAUGAAAGGUAUUUUAUUGAUCCCAUUGUCCAGUAAGAAGGACAUAAUUCAGUGUCUCUCUCUACCUUUCCAGUUGUCUCCCAGCAUAAAGACAUCCAGGACAUUUUGAUAUUUUCGGCAAAGAGUUAUUUGAAGUUUCUUUUGUGAGGGAGCCUGUGCUCCAGCUUGUCACUGCUGUGAGGAGUGAGAGGCCAAGGGGGGCAGUUAAUUUACUGAGGUUUGCAGCAAAAAAGGCUGAAUUCGUAGGAUCCUUUGAGGGUCCAGAUUGAGAUGGUAUUUAGAUACUUAUAGCCGACUCUACAUUAUUGAGGGAUGUGGGGUCUUCUAGCCGUUUAAGCGAAAUUCUGGCGUGUUAUGGAAAGUAUCUGUGUGAUUCUCAUAAAUUUUUUUCCGAAGUUCUAGUUUCUCUCCUCAUUUCCUCCCCUACAAAAAAAAAAAAAAAAAAAAGAGGGAGUGGAAAUAGAAAAUAUUGGUUUGUCACUUCAGUUAAGUCUCAAACACAAAAAACUUAAUUUUUAAGCUAUUGGUGAUUUUUUUUUUUUUUAAUUUUAAUUUUCUUUACACACACAUCCCUUGCUGAGGGCACAGCACGGCGGGUACCGAAGGGUUAAAGCUCUUGCUUUGGAAGCAGCUGGGCAGUUUACACUCCUUGCUGGGCUGUACAAAAAUACUUCUGCUUUGAAGUGCUGGGAGGAGCGGCUGAGGGUAAAACCUGGAGCGGCGCAGGGCGCGGGGGCUCAGCCCCAGCAGCCACCGAGCGUCGGGCUUUGUUUCUUCGCUGUCUCAGUGCGAGGGCUUUCUUCUGGAAAUUCUUCAAAUGCUGUUUAGUUCUCGGAAAAUUCUUGGAUUGGGACAGGUUGCAGGAAAUAUAAAUUAAAAAUAUAAUUUCCCCCAAAGGCAGGGCAAAUAUAUGGGUUCUGUUGGAAGUUCCUUGGCUGCUUCUGAUCUGGUCUGGUAGUGAAGUACACGGUGCUGCUGCUGGGGUGAGAGAGAUUCACCUCCACCGAGCGAUGGGAAGGCCAGACUCUUUUAGACAAUGUGUGUUCCAGAAAGAGCUUUCAGAAGUCCUUUUUUUCCCAAUUUGCUGGAACCUGUGAAUUCUCAGACCUGCCGCUGCACCUUAGGCACGUUGAACUCUGAGUUUGGCAAUAAAAGAGCUGGCAGGAGGGUGGCAGUUCUGGCACUUGCCCCAAGUGGGUGAAACCGAAUGGGGAGACAGCACGUUUGUAAGAAAAGCCACAAGGUUGAUAGUGCUGUACGGCUGGCAGCCUCCUCUAUUGUGUACAGCGUGCUGCGUAACUGUGAAUGACAUCGCUUGAUACGGCUUCUUCAAAGCAAAUCUUUUCAUAGACGAAACCUGAUGCAAGCUGGGCUCCAGUGGUUCCUGCCACUGCCAGCACUGGAACUCCAGCAACUGGAGUUGCUCUCUGGUUUUCUAGGGUAAUGCUCUGCCUCCUGGUAAUAAUUUCUUGACAAUAUUCGUAUGUGUUUUUUGGGAAGGUCUGAACCUGAGAGAUGCUGUUGUUGCCAUUAUCUGAAACUGAGGAAAAGCAAUUUCCUUUUAGCAAUCAGUGCCACUGAGGGGACGAUCAAAAGCAGUUUACCCACCAGCUAAUGAGGGGUAACGUUAAAAUGCCUGGCUGUAUCUGUUGAAUAAAUGAUGCUAGUGCUGGACGGUGGAUCUCCAAAUUUCAAGUUAAAUUUAUGUUAACUAGCCUUAAUAGUCCUGUCCCUUCAUUUUUACUCAUUUAAGCAUCCAACCCUUAGCUGCUGGCAGGGUCUCCAGGUUUAUUUCCCUGCUGCUCUGCCACUCACUCAUUAGCUUUCUACUGCUGCCUUUUUUCUGAACACAAAAAGUGUCAAGAAUUUAGUUGCUAAAAUAAGCAGAAUUUUCCUCUAGGGUUUCUGCUGUUGCAUGAGUUAUAUAGAGGGCUCUGUCCUUGAAACAUUUUCUUAUUAAUACCUGAAGUACCUUGUUUUCCCAUUUAACAAUUCAAGCGCCAGGGAAAAUGUAUAUAUAGUAAUGUAGGCCUAAGAAUCUCAGACAAGAUGAUCUUCUUUCAUCUCAGCUGUCACUGAAAAUCUUCACUUAUAAUCUACACCCAACACAUUAAUUUUCUAGAAAGUGUGGGUUAGUGCCAUGGCAGAAGUGAAAGUAAAAGGCCCCAGAACAGGAUUUGGGGGCUAUUGUAGUUUGUUUUAUUUGUUUCAAGAAGGCGCUACCUGUGUUAGAUCUCUGGCUGCAGGAGGAGUUGCUUGGCUCCCUCCGUGUUGGCUGGGUAGGUCUUUUUGCUUGGCUUUGCAAGGGCAGGAGUUAAAGAAAACCUCCAGUCCUUUUGCCACCUUGGAUGAUUCGUGAUAACUGACAUGUUGCAGUUUGAUUUCAAGGAUGUUUUCCACUUCUGUGUUACAAGAGACAUAAGUUGAUGGGCCUUUGUGUUAUUAUUAAAUAAAUAAAUAUUAAAUUAUCUUUAACAAAACUAGAAUCUAGAACUCUUUGAGUUUCUGGGUUGUGUGGCUGGCAUGCAGUGACUUUGCUCGGCAUAGCUGAAAGGCUUCACAAUAAGUUAUCACACUCAACUACUUAUUAACAGGAGGAAAAACGUAGUCUGUCCAAAUGUUGUUCUAGUGGCAUAUGUGCAUUGACUGUGUGUUUUUAUGUGUUUGCGUCUCUGGGGUCACCGGGGCACACAUGCCGCUGCAGCGUGUUAACAAAGCUGCUCUUGGACAGGAAUGGGUGCUACUGCCUUUCCCAAAACUGUGCAGGCAAAGCAGAUAUUAUCAGCGCUGGCCCUGGGGCAUAAAAUAGAAAGAUCAAAGCACAUGGCAGCAGCACACAGAGUCUCUUCAAAGCCUGAGUAAGGCAGGAUUGAUAGAGAAAAGGAGAAAGCUCUUGCUGAUGUAAUCACAGCCUGUGAGACAGGUUGCUUUUUUUUUUUUUCUUAAUUUAAACAAAGACACAAAGACAGUCCUUGUUUGUUUAGAGAGGUGAAGCAUGUGCCACAGAGAUAGAGCAGGGCUACCUGGGUAUAUGGAAGGUUUUCAUAGGUAGCACGGAGCUCAAGCGUUUUGAAGCAACUGCAAACUUGCAGUUUUCCUUAUUUUACUUUUCACGACUUCUGCAUGUGGUAUUCUCUCACUUGUGGUGUCCAUGUGGCUUGAAGUAGAAAAAUGGCCAAGGAAGGAAUGCUUGUUUCAGGCUGCCUUCCUUAUUAAAAUGGAAACUAUUUUGUUUUCUUUUGAGAACUCCCGUUAAAAGUAUCUGGGAUUUGUAUGAAAAGAAGUGAAGCACAGGCAGGGUGGAGCUGGAGGGAAGUGAUAAACCUUACCCCUUGUUGGGGCACAAACUCUGAAUGGGAAAGCAACAGUUGUUCUCCCCUUUGUAUCCAUGGGAAGGAGGAAGAAGAGGUGACUUUCUGGAGGAGAUGUGCAGGGAUGGAAGGAGUGUACAAUCUCCUUUACAAACCUCGCUCCUCUUUAUGUGCUGCAGAUGCAGAAGUGUGUUUCUGAACCUCCCUUUGAGCGUGGUAGUGCAGCUUUUCCACCCACAGGUGUGUCUGUGCAGUAUAUUGCAGGUGACCUGAGCUCGUACAGCCUGAUAGCCAAAAACUGUGCGACCUUGUGGGCAUGGCAUGAUGCCUGAGUGAGUGUUACCACAGAGGCAACGUAUAUUAAUUAAUGCAUUGAUUUUGUACAUGUUUGGAGCUCAGGCAGAACAAACUCUUCUGCUUGGAUGGUGAGCAAAGCAGACUUCACCAUUAUGCAUCUUUUCACUUACUGAUUGUUUUGGAAGAAAGAUCUAAUGGGAUUAUCUCAGUCCCAAAAUGUAUUCCAGGGUGCCAGAAACCACAGUGGUUAUGUCUAUCUGGCAAAAUCUCCAGCUUUGCUUCCCCCAUAGACAUGAGACAAUUUGCAGUGCAGUUCAGAUUAGUACCCAAAAUCACGGCACUCUGAAGUCUCAAAAAUCUGUCAUGAGGGAAAGGUGACUGUUAGAUCAUUGACUUUCAUGCUUCGUUCAGGGAUCAAAGCUACGUUUAUAGUCUGCUAAAUCAGUUUAUUACCUUAAUAAGAGGUUGCUGCUCAGAAAGGGAUGCAUCCUCUUUAUUGUGGAGUAUGUGGGAUGAUACUGGCAUUCCUGUGUUGUCUCAUGUGGAAAUCUCUCCAUUUUGCUGGCUGGCAUCAAAACGUCUUCCCUCCACCCCCCUGAAUCUCUCUUCUGCCAUGUUCCUUCCACACAUGUGUCUGAUUUGAUACUUGACACUAGUAGAAAGAGCUUCUUUCUAUACACUUGAAAUACUCUGAUUUUGGUUUCUAGUUACCAAACCUUCAGGCACCAGGAAAUUUGCACAUCUUACAGAGCUCUGAGAUGGGCUCUGACAUGUACUUUUGUUACCGCUGCGGGCGCUUUCCCCUCAUGAUAUGGAGAGGCUAAACGAAAAUUCUGGGAUGGGAAUCCUGGCAGUUACUAUGACUUUCUGGGAACUUGUGCAUCCGCUUUAAAAUAUUUCCUUUUGGGAAUCCCACCCAUAUAUGUGUGGGACAGGCUGUUCCAGUCUGUUGUAGCAGACAGCAGUUAACAAAGCAGAGGUUUCUCUACCCAUAGAAGAAGAUGGAUUGGAGGGACCUGCCAUCACUAUGGCAUUCCCAUGCUUUUGCUUCUAGUGAGCAACAGAAUGAAAAAAGAGGUUUUAGCUGAUUUUCUGUAUGCUCUGCUGAGCUCGUGCGGCCACUUCUGUCAGCAGUAUCCAUGGCCUUUUGAUUCAUGUAACCAAGUGAAUUAACACAACUGCCAUGCCAAGUUAACCAAAAAAUUCCUCUGCUCCAGUGACUCUCUCUGGCAGAAGCUGGUAGCAGAUACUUGUGAAGGAAUGUAAGAUUAGAGCAAGCAGCAUGGUGAGAAUGCUGCAGUACAUGCUUCCAGGCUCUGCUGGCUUGUGCCUUGACUCCCUAUCAGCAUCAGAGACAUGAGAGCCCUUGGUGGCUUUUUCUUCUACAUUUUUUUCCAGUCCGUUACUUUGCCUGUAACUUGCUUGCCUGAAUUUGAGAGAGCACAGGGAAGAUCUGUUUCGGCUCUGAGGCCCUUGUGCAGGUUGCUGCGUACUGUGGCGUUAUACUUAACCUUAUUUUUGGAUAGCAGAGGAGUCACAGUUGGUGCACGUAGUGCAGGAGGUCUAGAAAAACAGUUUUGUUGGCAAGUCUGGUAGGUACCUACUGAAAUUGCUCCCUAGCAGGAAUGGAGGGAAGAUGACUGAAUCUCCAGAAUUUUUCUCAUUCUCUUACUGUUCAGCGUAAGAUCUGUAGAGGUUUUUUUGAGCUGCAGGGGAAAGAACGUUGCCAGGAAGUAAUUGUUCUUUUUGUCUCUUUCUAAUUCUGUGCAGCAGCUGCCUGGUCUUUAGCUGCUAUUAAUGUUCAGAGCCCUUUGAACAAAGGAGCGUCAGGCUGAUGUAACUUCUUCCUCUGUCAGACAUUCCCUCUGAAGCCAUCUUUUGUCUCGAUGGCCCUAUUGUAACCAUUCAUAUACUGAUGAAUGAACAGGAAGCUGAUGAUGAUAGUGAGCAGAUGAGUUUGAUCUUGAACAGGUUUCACUCAGACUCCAGCUUGAGGGAGUUUAUAUAGGAACUGAGCUGUACCACUGUCAACUACAGUGUCUGAUCUGUUCAUUCAAAUUUUCCUUUGUUUAAGGAAACUGGAAAAUAAUAUUAAAAUAAAAGAUUACAUAUUAAAAGAAAAGAAUAUUAAUCUUGGAAAAAAUAUGCUAACGUUUCUUAUUGAACAACAGUAUUGCAGAUACAAAUCCUGGAAUUCUGUCUGUCAUCUCUUCAUGCAAAGAGAAGUUUACUUGAAUAGCUGUAUUUUUAUUUUUGUGAUAAUGAGUUCUGUAAUGUUUGAUUAGAGGUGAUGGGCUCUUGUUUGUUGUCCUGUUUGUGACAAACCAGAUUCAAACACAUCCUAAAGAGGCUGGGGAAGAUACUUAUGGCACCUCAGGUGGCAGUAACUGGUGGGGAGGAAGAGAGGGGGAGCUUCAUCUGCCCAGUAUUUCCUCCACACACAGGUUUUAAAGCAUACUGCUUCAGGCUGAUGGCAAAAUACAUCCCUAAAGCCUAACAUGCACAGCAUUAAAUGUGGUGGAGGUCUUGGCCUUUUUCUUCUGGACUGGGAAAUGACAGCAAGAGGAGCUUAUCAGCUGAAGAACCAGCAAACGUGUCCACAGUGCGCAGUAUUAUUUUCCAGCAUAACAAACUCGUUUAUAAAGUUACUUACUGAAAGCUGAUGUGAUCUUGCACAGAAAACUUUUGUUAAUCUGGAGGAAUGUAUUGAACAGGGAGUUGAAUGCUUGUACUGGGCUGAUGUCCCUCCAAGAAGGAUGGCGGGGUCAGGGGCUGACUCCUUAAUGUCAAGUAAACUUCACUCACUUAAGGCUCCUGGGCCUGAAGUUACUCCCUGUUCCAGCAGUAAGAGGCAGAUUUGAAGUCAGUAAUACAUUAUUUUAGUACAAUAGUAGCUGUGAUGGUUUGAGGGACUUUGAAAAUUAAAAAAACCAACAUGCUAUCUUGUCGUAUUAGGUACCAAAAAGAAGCCAAAAUAUAGUAAAGGUUGUUAGAGCCAGAUUGUCUGAAGACUGAUGGUAAAUACUUCCGUCUGUGUCAGGUACCUGACAGAGGCCGCGCAGGGUACAACAGUCACCCAGGCGUCCUCACCACACCUCUUCCAACACAGCUGUUAUUUUCAUGUGCCCUUUGGUGCCUGCAAUAUAUAUUGGCUUUCUGUAGAUGUACAACUGAUCUAUUUUCAAAACGCCUGAUGAAGGGAAGGGUAUUUUUAAAAAUUAGCGCUGACAGUUAUUUAAAUUUGAUUAACAAAGGUAGAAGGUCCCUAGCAGAGGAGUGUGAUGUGUUUGUGAGUGCGGUUGUUGUGUUUACAAUGCCUAGCCUUUUCUGUUUAUUUUUGUGAUCAGGCACAGAUUCCAUUGACCUUGUUUUUAUUUUUGCAUAUGUCACUUUUUCUGCAGACCCUGCUCUGUGUUUAUCUCUGGCUAAAUGUGCCAUGUAAGGACCUUGGUUAAAGGGAUUCUUCCCAACAAGUCAUAGCUGUAUAUACAGUAGGUUAAAUAUCACUGCUGAUCUUGGGAAGGAUCUUGGUUAAUUAUAAUGCAAGCUGGAGGGAGGCACCAGGAAGAAUAGAGAGAGAUCACAAAAGACUUCUCAAAGUUGUAGCUAAGAUUUCUUUCUUAAGAAUAAAGUGUAUUCUGAAAAACUUGCCCUGAUAGAAGUAACAGUGAAAAUUCCAUGAGACUGUGGGGAGGGACCAGAGAGAAAAGCAGAAAAAGUGGAAAGGGAGACUGGAAAAGGAACGGGUAGAUCACAAGCUGUGGAUCAUGUAGUGCAGUGAUGCUCACUGAAAAAGGCUGAAUUUUAUAAUCUUGGAAAAGACAAGAGACUGAGUAGUAAAGUCUGAUGUAGAGAUGGUGACCAAGGGGCGAUUAUUGGCUAUUCCUUGUGAUACAGGGACCAUCAGAGCGUUCUCAGUGUAAUUCGUGUAAUAGCUUUAAAGUUAACGAAAGAAUGUGUGUUUUUUAAAACAGCAAAUUGUGUUACUUGCUGUAGGGUGGUGUAGAAGCCAAAAGUAUGGAUGUCAUCCCAAAGGGAUUAGGCAAAAUCAUGGAGUGUCAAUGUGUUGUUUACUGUUAAAUGUGAUGUUCUGGGUGAAGUCUCAGCUCUGGAAGUCUUUUAGUCACUGAUAGCCUUAAUUAAGAGGCUGUAUCAAAAGAAUAAUCAUUCUCUAUUUGUUCUGCUUUUCCUAUUCUCCAGACUUCUGCAGUUGGCCGCUGUUGGAGAUAGGAUACUGUGCUGGCUGGGUUUUUGGUCACACCCUGUAUAGCUGUUUUUAUGACUUGCCCAACAUUGCAUAGGAGCUCCGUGGCAGAGGAAACGAUCCAGUCUCUUGGGAAGCACUCAGCUGCUUUAACCGCAAUGCUGUGUUUUCUUUUCUCAUAGUAUCUUACCUCAUUCACUGCACCAUCCAAUUUUUCUAACAUGUGAGGGAAAUGUCCUGCAGACAGCACUCAUUCGCCCCACACUGCUGCAUUCUUGGAGUACAGUUUACACUAUUAAUUUCCCAAUCAGUGAGGCAUACCUCAGUGGUGAGGUGCGCCAACAGUAAAUACACAGUGCUAAACCCAAGCCAAUAAGCGUUGCUGGACUUAUUAGCAUGGGCUGUGUGCCAGUGCUACAGGAGUUGGCUUAAAAAAGGAAAAAUGGGAAAAACCGGGGGUGGGGUGGAAGAGGAGAAGUGAAGGAGUAAUCUGGGAGAGAGAUGAGGCAAUAGAUUAGUGGCCGUAGGAAGGAGGAAUGCAGAAAGAGAUGGGGAAAGGAGGAGGGAACGCUGGUGGUGUAUCCGGAAAUACACCACAAUUAUCAAAAACUAAGGCUGAAUUGGGCUACCUUAAAUCUCUCACACCUGAGGUAUGAAACACUUGCUACUCUAGCCUUAGCGUUCCUAUAUAAUUUAGAUACAAAGGAACCUGUAGAACAGCAAUGUCAGAUAAAAUUAUUUGGACAAGAGAGUUUAGGUACAUUUUUAAUUUUAGGAUUUUGUUUAGAAAAUUCUGGGUGCUUCAAUAUGAUAAGCAUGUACAUUAAUAUGGUGUCAGAGAGGAAGCUGAGAAAAGCCGUGUUGUUUUACAGGUCUGUUAAACAGUUCACUUUUGCAGUUUUGCAUUCAAAGUGAAGUUGAAUUUUGCUCUUAGAUCAGGGAAUGAACCUCUUUGUAACAAAAGGGGAGUGCAUCGGGUCUCUAGAACGUCAGAAACUUUCAGUAUUCUUGACUUUAAAAUAAAAUUAAUCCUUCAGACAUAAAGUGCUAAGUUUCUACAAAUGCCUUUGAAAGAUGGAAAAGAAGAAAGGACUGAUAAUUUCUUGAGUGCAGAGUAGCGUUCUGGUUCAAGAUGUCAAAGCAUAGACUAUGAGCAGUGACUGUACAUCAGGCAGCCUCGUAUGCUGAUGAAGUGGUUUAAUAGUGCACUGGACUGAGCUGUGGAGCCCGGUUUACAUCCAAGUUGGUUAUUUGCUAUGCAAAAUAAAACAAAUUGAGGCUGAAAGAGGGAAGAUUUUCAGUGUGUGAGAUGGAAAUAUUUGCAGUGACUAUUCCAGCAAUGGGCUACAUUAGAAUUAAGAAUAGCUUUUUAUUUUGAAGUCAUUCUCCCUACUAGAGAACAUUCUUCAGUGGUGACUCAGUGUAGAGCUAAUCUUGCUCAAAAUGGUUGCCAGUUGCCACUUGGAACAAUAGGACUGAAGCCACAGGCUGCCAUCAGGUGGCUGUUUUUAAGAAGGGCAUUUUUUCCCCAGUGGAUUUGAGUGUUUCUUCCCAUCUGAUAACAUAGAAGGUCUCAAUAUUCACUGAAUUAUUGUAAUAGAGGACUUUGAAAACAGUGCAGUUACUCAUUACUCUAUGUGAAAUUGGGAACCCAGUGUACCCGAUAGUUUCUUUUAUUGGGGAAAAAAACAAAACCCACAACAAACAAACACACGCAAAACCCCGCAAACCAUUAAACUGUUGUCAGGAACAACUCUUUGCACCUGAUUUAUAUGACAUAAUGCUGCCCACUACUUGUUUUUUCAAGUCCUCAGUUCCCUUCUGGGCAGGGGCAUCGUUUCCCUGUGCUGUGAAGGAGGAGGUUAAGCAGAGGGGGAAAGGAACGAUUUCCGUACGGUCGGGCAGGGAAGCGGCUUUGCUGGAGCAGAAGCACAGCUGCCUCCAUCCCCUUGGGGUGAGUCCUGGCGGGCAGGACGGGCUGUUCUCUCCCCAACCAGGGGAGGGUGGUUGGGGUCCCCCUCAGAGCUGGGGGCUCAGAACUGGAGUGAGUGGCCUCGAGGGAGUCCCGGACGCGUGGGGCUGGGAGGGAUCUCAUGGGAGACCAGGGAAUGCAUCCAGUUCCUGCUGCGGGAUGAGCCAAGGCACGAUGAGAAAGUCACCUUCCAACGAAGGAGAUCAUGGUCUUUUACGUACAACCUAUUCUGGAGCCUCGUCUCUUGUAGUUGCAGCAGAGGCUUUGACUUCACCUCUGUUUCAAUUUAAGUAAGUUGAAGAGGUUGUGCUGGUGUCUGUUGUGUUGUUGGACCUGGCAAAAGAAUGAAGCCCCAGUAAUCCAAGGGGAGGUGGUUAGUGAUGUGCUACACCACUUGGACACCUACAGGUCUGUGGGGCCAGAUGGGAUGUGCCCAAGGGGGCUGAGGGAGCUGACGGAGGUGAUUGCUAAAUCACUUUCCAUUAUCCAGUGGUUGAGCUGGAGCUGUUUAUCCUGGAGAAAAGGAGACUGAGGGGAAAACUUACUGCUGCCUGCAACUGCCUGAAAGGAGGCUGUAGCAUGGAGGGGGUUGGUCUCCCAAGUAGCAAGUGACAGGACAAGAGGAAAUGGCCUCAAGUUGCACCAGGGGAGGUUUAGAUUGGAUAUUAGAAAAAAUUCUUCACGGAAAGGGCUGUCGGGCGUUGGAACAGGCUGUCCAGGGCAGUGGUGGAGUCACCAUCCCUGGAGGGGUUUAAAAGGUGUUCAGAUGAGGUUCUCAGGGGCUAGAGUUAGCUUAGGUUAUGGUUGGACUCGGUGAUCCUGAAGGUCUCUUCCAACUGAAAUGAUGCUAUGAUUCUAAAAGAAGUGUAUGUAAAACUAGAUGUGAUGUUUGGACUUUGCCCAGUGAGUGUGAGUGCAAAGUAGGGGCAGAGCAUGAAGGCAUCUGAAAGUCGUUUCUUGAGAACUUGAUUUUGAAGGAAGAGCAGACAGUCUAGAAACAAACAUGAAGCCGUACUUGUUUGGAGACCUGUGGGUUAAGAAUCAGUUGGCUCCUUUCCCUCUAAAAUUUCCCCAACACCUUAAAUGUUUUCAGAUGCGCAGAAGUCAUAAAUUGGAAACAAAUCCCUUGAAGUAUACUGUGUUGUCAAACUGAAAGAGAGGUCAAGUGGUAGGUCUUGGAGGAAAAUUUGAAGCACAAAGUUGGGAAACUGAGAUAUGAGAAGGCAUGUGACAGCUUUACCUGUUUGUGUGUUGCUCCAGGAUUGCUUAUAAAAAGUAAACACAAAUCUGACCAAAAGGUAAGCUUCCAGAAACUAAGACGGACCUCUCUAUCUUCAGAUUGUAAAAAUUGUUACGGCUAUUUUCUUGAGCAUUUUUUGAUUGCUGCAGUGUAAGCUAAAUUUAAACAUAGGGAGAGUACUUUGUAAUUUAUUAUAAAAUCCAAUAAAAGCAUAUGAUAGUUGUCAUAGGUGACCUGAGAGUCACCUGUUUAUAAAUCUAGAAAACUUGAAGGUUAAGCUUCAGAGAAAUUUAUGCAAAGGUAAGAAGUAAGGGGAGGUGUCCAAAAUAGUUUUACUCUGUAGCAGCAUCACAAAGGAAAAUGUGUAGUUAAGAACCAUAAUACCCAUAGCCGGUUUGAGUAUUUGUCUUCCUCUUCUGUCAUAUGAGAGAUGCGUGAAGGGAUUUGCAGUAGACUAGGUCUGAAUCAUAGAAUCACUUUGGUUGGAAGAGACCCUCGAGAUCAUCAAGUCCAACCAUAACCCACCCCUGGCACUGCCCCAUGUCCUGAGAACCUCAUGUCCGUCUGUCCAACCCUCCAGGGCUGGUGACUCCAGCACUGCCCUGGGCAGCCUGUUCCAAUGCCCCGCAGCCCUUUGGGGAAGAAAUUGUUCCCCAGAUCCAACCUCAACCUCCCCUGGUGCAACUUGAGGCUGUUUCCUCUGGUCCUGUUGCUUGUUCCUUGAGAGCGGAGACCAAGGGCUUCCCCAGGCUGGAGCCCAAAACUUCCAACAGCGAGGCAGUUGCUGGGGCAGGGAGCAGGAAAAGAAAUCCCAGAUACACCAAAUAGCAUAGAAUCAUAGAACCCACAUCCCUGCAGCUUUCCAACAGCAUCUAUAGUAACCCAACCCUCUCUCUUUCAGGCAAAUUUUAAAGAGUUUGCAGACUUGAUAGCCCAGGAUCGCUUGCCACUGGGGAACGGCCACCCCUCGCUCAGGGCUAGGGAGUGAUUUGUGGCAGGGGAGUGAGGAAAGAGUGGACGGAGCAUGCGACGCAGAGAGUAAGCCAUGCUAGGAGUGCUCACAGAAAAAUACAAAGCUGGUAUACAGUGCUUCAGUUCUCAAGGAAGUUCUUCUCUGAGGUACUCAGUGUGUUGAAGACGUGGUGACAGAUACCCAGAUGCACCCACUUGGACUGUGUAAUAGCAACGAUGAGGAAGACCUGUAUGAGUAUGGCUGGGUAGGGGUGGUGAAACUGGAACAGCCAGAGUUGGAGCCCAAGCCGUGCCUGACUGUCUUGGGAAAGGCAAAGCGAGCAGUACAGCGAGGAGCCACAGCGGUCAUCUUUGAUGUUUCUGAAAACCCAGAUGCCAUUGAUCAGCUGAACGAGGGUGCAGAGGACCCUCUGAAGAGACCGGUGGUGUACGUGAAGGGUGCUGAUGCUGUCAAGCUAAUGAACAUUGUUAACAAGCAGAAAGUGGCGCGAGCAAGGAUUCAGCAUCGCCCCCCACGGCAACCCACCGAGUACUUUGAUAUGGGAAUUUUCCUGGCCUUCUUUGUGGUUGUGUCUCUUGUUUGCCUCAUUCUUCUUGUCAAGAUCAAACUGAAACAGCGACGUAGUCAGAAUUCCAUGAACAGGCUUGCAGUGCAGGCACUGGAAAAAAUGGAGACCAGGAAGUUUAAAUCCAAAAGUAAAGGACACCGGGAAGGCAGCUGCGGAGCGCUGGACACACUCAGUAGCAGCUCCACCUCUGACUGCGCCAUCUGCUUGGAGAAGUACAUCGAUGGGGAGGAAUUGCGUGUCAUCCCCUGCACUCACCGGUUUCACAAGAAGUGUGUGGAUCCUUGGCUGCUGCAGCAUCACACCUGCCCUCACUGCCGCCACAACAUCAUAGAACAGAAGAAGGGAAGCGCAGGUCCAGUCUGUCUGGAAUCCAUCAACCCAGCACGCAGCCGGCAGCAGAGGGUGAUUCUGCCUGUGCAUUACCCAGGCCGAGUGCACAGAGCAAACCAGAUAACGGCGUAUCCCACCCGGACAAGCAUGGACCCGCACGGAAACCCCAUCACAGUCCUUACAGUUGAGCGACAUGGUGAACAGAGCAUCUACCAAGCCCAGUCCCCAGCCUAUAUCCAAAGUUAUCAGCCUAUUCAUUUGGACCAUGCUUUAAACGCGCAUCACUGCAGCCUGGAACAUCGGGCUUACUCUCCAGCUCACAACUUCCGAAGACCCAAGUUUGGUGGACGCAACUUUUCCAAAGCAGCGUGCUUUUCCCAAUAUGAGACCAUGUAUCAGCACUACUACUUCCAAGGCCUUAGUUACCCUGAGCAAGAUGGACAGCCUCCAGCUGGCAUUUCUUCAAAGGGUCCUUCCCGUGCCUUCCAGCCUGGUAGCAGCAUGAUUUUCCCUCCUGUGGUACACGUAGUGCCCUCAUCCCGCUUGGAGAGUGGCAGUACCUCCAGCUUCAGCUGCUAUCAUGGUCAUCGCUCAGUGUGCAGUGGAUAUUUGGCUGACUGCCCUGGGAGUGACAGCAGCAGCAGCAGUUCUGGCCAGUGCCACUGCUCCUCUAGUGAUUCCAUGGUUGACUGCACUGAGGUCAGCAACCAAGGGGUUUAUGGGAGCUGCUCCACCUUUCGCAGCUCUUUAAGCAGUGACUAUGACCCGUACGUUUACCGCAGUAAGAGUCCUUGCCGAGCGGGUGAGGUUAGUGGUGCAAACAGGGGUGCAAUUGUUCUCUUGGAGGGCCCCCACCAGGAUGAGCUUCCAGCUCACAGUCACAGUCUGGUGGGUGCUGACUGUCGGCCUGUGCCAGCUUCUUCCUCAGGGGACCAACUGUCUAACUGCAGCAUGGAUAUGAACUAUAGCAGUAAUUCCUCGCUUGAGCACAGGGAUCCAAAUGGCACUACCUCAGAGGGAGGACAUGAGGCCAUUCCUGGUGCUGCCUUGGAUGUUAAAAGGAACUGGAAGGAUCCAGAGAUAGCAGGGCCUCUUAUGGAGCAAGCGUGUGCAUGCUGCUUUGAACUCCAGCACCCUGCCCUGGAGCCUGGUGGUGGCACAGCUGACUGUAGCGCACUCUUCCUUAGCUCUCCGCUCUGGGGGACGUGUGGCCCAGGAACAGAACCACAGUCAGGGAGCACCCCAGGCUUGUACAGUAUUAACUCAGACCACUUGCAUAGGACAGAUGGAGUAAAAUAUGAGGGGUUGCCCUGCUGCUUCUAUGAAGAGAAGCAGGUAGCCUGUAGUAGCAACAGUGGCAGUGGAGGCGGUGGCUGCUAUACAGAAGACUAUGCAGUGAACGUGCAGUACACGCUUCCAGAUGACACCUUGCCAAGCUGCUGUAAGGGUGUUUGUGAUCUGGGUCAACGCAUUCCCAUAAUUCCUGAAGACAGAGACUGUGAGCUGAUCCUACCUACAGAGUGCCAAGGGACCCACACAGGAGGCUGUAGCUCCUGGGAUGGAACACCUGAGCUAGAUACUUACCUGCACUGCCAAGAUAUAGGAGAGGUACCGGACGAGAGGGAGGUGUGCUAUGAGGCAGCGUCAUUCCUGCGGCAGAACCACUCUCAGAAGGAGGAAGCCAGAAUGCUCUUUCCCAGUCCCACUCUGAACUCUCAGAAGCUGAUGAUGACCACAAAGGCCACAGGUGCUGGAUCUUAUCCCUUGGAGAGAAGCCAAAUCGGUGACUAGACCAGAUGAUCCAGAUGGAGAAGCGGAGCUUAUCAGAGACUCCAAAUUCUGAUGGACUUUUUUUUUUAAGCUUUGACAAACACGCAAAAGUGGUAAUGUGGAGAAGUCCCUCCCCCACUUCCUCUGUGUCCACAUCAGCUUGAUUGUCUCCUUUCUCGCUCUUGCCUGAAGCCUUCAGGCCUCCAUUUGUGUGCAAAGCCCAUGUGGGACAUGGUGUGGAGCAUUUCUGAGCUCUAGUGCCAUUUCUAUAUUAAUGACAAAGUGUUAUUUAUAUUUUCUUUCUAGAAGUGACUGUGUCAGCUCUUGCUGAUAGGUAACAUGGUGUGUUAAAUAAGCCAGGCUAUGUUAUCUCCUACUUAAAGGAGUCCAGCCUUUGAUAAGCUCAGGGCUACAUCUGCCUUAGAAACCAGAUAGCACCUUGAAAUAUAGUAGUCCAGAGGGAUACAGCUGCUGAAUGGAUGCUCAGAUCCUGACUAAUCCUAGUAGCAAAUCCUAGUAGCCAGCAAGUUAUAUGAGCGAUUUUGAGGGAGGUGACACAUCGGGCUGUCUCCUCUUCCCUCCUCCUCCUUUCAUGCUGCUCUGAUGAUUUGGCUGGGAAGGGUCUCCUGCCAUGAUGAUUAGAUUUAACAGAGUGGGAGUAGGGAAGCUGUUCGCUCAAAAUGUUCUCAUCCUCACUUCCUGCUAAACCGCGGACCUCAUUGUAUCUUCUGACUGGUGAAGAAUGCUGGGGACCUCUCCCUCAAACAGAUGCUAGAAGGAAGUGCUUAGGAAGGGUAGUACCUGUGCAGGUCAUGAACCUUGCCUUCCACAGGAAGUUUUUCAGGCACCUGUAGCCCGGACGGCUGUGAGGACGCUGCUGUACGCAGGAAAACAGCUCGCAGGGUGUGUGCGGCUUGGCUGGCUCGUUUUGGAACCAGGUCAGAAGGUGGCUUGUUUCCUUGUAGACCGCAAGCAUGCCUAAGGGAAGCAGUGCUUGUCACCUUCUGCUCAUGUGGGAAAGUGAGGGACUAGGUUUAAUCAAUGUUUUCUUCUUUGCUGUGGUUGAUGUAGCUUCCAUAGAUCGAUCUGUUUUAAAGGUUUCUUGGGCCCAGCCAGUUGUGCUUCAUUUUUGUCUUGUGUACAGAGUGCUCUCUGUACCCCAUUAGCCUGGGCACAUACUUUUAUUCUUGUUCUUGUACUAGUGGGGAUGUUUGUUAUCAUGAGAUAAUACAUGUCGUCACUUCUGAUACCAAUUGUUUCCUGUGGAAACAGCGGCUUCUGAGUAAGAGGCGACCAUAGCAUGGUUUAAAUUGCCUGUCAUGCUGCAUGUGCCUGAGGACACAGUGUCAUCCUGUCUGGUGUAUUCACAGCAGGAAUUCUCCUAAAGGGAAACUAGUUAUUUAAUGCCCACAAUGCCAGCCUUCUGAAAAGAUUUGUCCGAAGUUCAGGACACUUUGGAGAUACUUUAAAGUAUAAAAAGACAUGAAAAAGAGGUGUACACGUCAUGUUACAUUUUCUGCCAAAGUAAUGUCAUUGACAGCACUGGGCUAAUUGUGAGAACCAGCAAGGUUAACGUGUUUGCUUUGUAGUCCCAAAUGAAAUACUUUAAAAGAAGCGAACAUCUAAGAAAUAACAAAUACAUUCAUCUGUUUACUUUUACUUUCUGUACGCAGUAAGUUAGGAAGAAAUAAUUUGACUCAAAGGAAUUCACAUUAGAUUUUUUAAAUGAACCAACACCAAAAUCCAGCUGUUCAGAGAAUUAAUACAAGGCGAUAUCUGGGUAUAGGAUUAAAAGAAAAAGUCCAAUAAGCACAUUUUCUGUGUAUGAAGCUUACUGAGAACGAACUCAUUCUCUGAAUGACUGGAGUAAGUGGUAUGUUUUGGGAGAAUAAACUCUAAAGUUUGGGGGGUUUUUUUGUUUUGUUUAAGUCUCACCUUCUUCCUCCACUCAAAAGAAACGCAUUGCAGAAUCUGUGGUGUCCUACCUUGGUUGUUCUGCUUGGUGUCACGUGAGGCACUGUAUGAGGCCACCUAAGAUGCGUUGUACUCUAUCGCUACACAGCAUGUUGUGGUAAAAUGUGGUUAUACAAAAGAAAUUUGGAUAUUCUGGCUUACGGUGUUCCUGGCUGUCCAGGUCUCAUUCACACGUCGUGGAAAUCUCUGCCGGUACAAGUCUCUGCAGGUCUGACCUCAGAGUCACCCUACGCUUGGUUUCAGUGUUUGGUUUUACAUUGAACAUUUAGUUAAUUCCCUGCUGCCUGUGUGUCCAUACAGACUUACAGGCCAGCUGGCCAUGAGACAUGAUUUUUAUAACAAAAUGCCUUUCUACUACUUAAACGAACAGUUGUCAUUGUGUUUGGCUCAUGAGGCACUAUUUAAAAUGUUUUUAAUUAAAGUUAUAGCACUUAAAAUUGUGUUGUAUAAAAUUUGCUGUAAAGAUUUGUAAUAUGGUCAAAGGGCUCUUUCUCCUUCAUUACCAUUUUUUAAAAAUGUUUUAAAAGCUAGAAAACAUCUUGUAUAUAUUCUGUAUAUGUAUAGCAGCACAUUUCAUUUAUGGAAAUAUGUUCUCAGAAUAUUUAUUUACUAAUAUAUUUAUCUUAAGCCAUGUCUUAUGUUGAGAGUGUGUGACAUUAUUGUAAUAAUCAUUGAAAAUCACUAACAUGAGGCCCUGUAAAUACAUGAUAAUUGCACACAAAGAUUUUACAGUACUUGCCGACCAAAAAUGAUUUAAGAAAAGUUGUAGUUCCUGCAGUUUUGUAAGAAAGUGUACAAAUGUCUGUAUUAAAAAAAAAAAAAAAAAAAGGCAAAACCACACAAAAAUACAGUUUUAUUGCAUAUCCA